CGUUGAUUCAAGAAUGCCCAUUUUCUGCGAUUCGUUUCAAAAGAUUCGUUGUAGAAGGCAUAUAUCAUCAAGUGACUGUAGUAGCCAGUAUGUCCCGGGUAUGAAAUGAAAUCAAAAGUGGCCUACAGCGACCCAAGUUUGCUAUUCAUCUUCAAUAAAAGAGAAUGUAUGGAUAUAUCUUCUUUGGAUUCAGCUGUCUCUAUACUUGUGUACAUGCUGAAGAAUGCUUUCAGGCUCUUUUUGCAAAGCGUGAAUCAUUUCAUGUUCCAAUGGGAGGGGACGUCCUGUUGUCCUGUGUUGUCCAACACUGUGGAGAGAACAAUUGGACCUCGAUUUGGACACACAUAUCCACCAUGUCGAACAAGUCGGACACCACGGUCUGCCCCAACCAUCUCACAUAUCCGACCCUGCUGUCGGCCAAUAAAACCCGCCUUGUUCUCCAAAUCCAGAAUUUAAAAAAGUCUGACGAAGGUCUAUAUGGAUGCAAAGUUAAAUGGAAAGGGGGUGACAGUUCUCAGGGGAAUCUGCAAUCCCUGAUCCUCACAGCCCCCGAGAGGAGCGAGUGGCACAGGGCGCUGGUCCUUGUGUCCGCCUUACUUUGCACCCUCUUACUUCUGCCGAUGGCUCGUUGUCUGAGCUCAGGGCCCCACCCUGUUCAGACGCGCUGUACUCUGGAUACAUUCCGAUACAAUCAGAUCCCACAACCUCUCCCCCGAUGCCCGAUACCACAGACAAACAAUUCCCGGCUUUCUAAAGUUUCCUCAAAGCCAGAGGAACAACGAAGGACAAGCAGUGAGCUCGUGUACGCUGAUGUCGCACUUGGUGCUUCACGUGAGCCACAAAUAGUCCAGGAGCCUAGCCAGUCCAUCAUCUAUUCCUCCGUAAGGCACGGUGCCGGGGCUGCGAUGUGAUGCUUCAGGACCCCCUCAAGGGAGGCAUCACCGGCGGUCCAUGUCAUGCUGUGUGUGGGAGUCUGGCUCUGCCAUGUUGUGCUGGAUUAUAUGGCGUUACUUCAAUUGUGUUUUUAGUUUAGUUAAAUGAAUCAAAAGUUUGAACUACACACUUAAAUAAGCUAACAUGUUUAGCAGAUCACUUCAAGUGUUUGUUUUCGACAGCUAUCAACAAAACCCACUACAAACCCAUCAGACAACUCUCUAAAAGUAUGGUAUGAGGCUGGCUUCAUCUGGUUUAACCAGGAAAUGCUUGGACAUUCCGGAAAUAGUGUGUUUCGAUCACUUUAGAAAAUCCACCCUCUCGGUGGUUGCAUAAUACCACCUCCCCUUCUCCACAGCUCGGCAGAGGGAUUUUGUAUUCUUUGUUUUAAUUUGUGUGUGGCAAAAUUCACUUUAUUGUAUUGAACAGGCUACAUUUGCCCACAGAUUGGAACGUUUUAUAAUAUGUGCUUGUUCUGCGUGACAAUUAUGUGGGAUUGAUGAUGUAACACAUACCAUUGAGUGAAAAACAACACAUACAAUAUGACACAAAAUACAACAUUUUAUUUCAGAAUAAACUCUCAAUGGCACAUUACAUAACCAAAUAUACAUAUACAUUUUUUAGGCCUCUAAUAAAUUAAUGUAUAUUUAAUUAUUUCGUUAAUAUCUUUCAUUAGCAUACUCAGCAGUUACAUUUAUUUUACAUGACAUCAAUGCAACAAAAGGCAUAACUGAAUAAAUUACAGAGAGAAGGCUGUGUAGGCAAUACCCGCUACAAUGAUAAAGACAUAGGACUUGUUAUUCGUCAAUUGCUCCUAUUCUCACCUGCUGUUCAAAAUUGUAACCUCUACUGUGGAAAAUAAUAAAACAAAGAGGCCUUCA